AAUAAAGCCCCUCAUACUUCAUUCCAGCCACCAUCAUCAUAAAUAUCUCUUCAUGCCUUCACACAUACUCUAGAGAGAGAAAAAGAGAAAGAAAAACAUGCUACGAUUCUUAAAAUCUUUGUCGAGGACAGUGCAUGAAAAUCAAGAACCAUCAAAUGGUGGUGAUGAUGGCAGCUAUGAGGCCCAUGAUGGUGAUGGUAAUGGUAGUGAUGGUGGUGGUGAGCCAAGUAGUUUAACUGUAUGGAGGAAGUCAUUGUUUGUAGGGUGUAGUGGGUUCACGGUGAUAAACUCCUUUGGUGACUUGGUGUAUCGAGUUGAUAAUUACGGUUCCCGCAGGCGACAAGAGCUUGUUCUCAUGGAUGCUUCCGGCAAACCCAUCCUUACUGUUUCUCGUAGCAAGAAACUCAAGAUGGUCGAUAACUGGCUAGUGUUCGAAGGAGAAUUAUCAUCGAAGGAGCAAAAACCAAUAUGUCGUGCAAGAAAAAAUGUUAAUAUCUUUUGGCCAAAGGUAAAGAGCCUAGCUAGGGUUUAUAAAGAACCAUAUGAUGAGAAGAACAUGUAUAUGAUUGAAGGGUCAUACAUGAACCGAUCAUGUAAGGUUCUUGACAAGUCGAGAAAUGUAGUGGCGGAGAUUCGAAGGAAAGAAACGGUCACAAAGGGCGUUUCGUUUGGGCUCGAGGUUUUUGACUUGAUUAUAAACCAAGGGUUCAAUUCUGGUUUAGCAAUGGCAAUAAUUUUGUUGUUAGAUCAAAUGUUUCUUUAGGCAUUGUAACAUGAUCACAAUAGUGUAUUACGACUGAGAUUUUGAGCAGAAUCCGAGUAAUCACAACGAUUGUGAUGUAUCAUACAUGUAUGUUCAUGUGCUUAUAUAUACAUUUCUUUGUGUGCA